UCGGCACAUUGCCAUGCUAAUCUUGCAGGAAGAACUGAAUGUCAUGCUUUUGAUGUCAUUCAAGGGUUGGAAGAUAUGGCAUCGGUGCAGGGAUUUGCAGGUGCUUCUGAGGUGGACCAUUGCCUUGAAAGUUCAGGUGUUAUUAGGGAAAUUUUUCAUUUUGUUAACGAGGGUGAACCGGUUCUGUUUGCGUAUCCUAUUCCUCGGUUUCCAGUUGUGAAGAAACGGGUGCUUAAUCCAAGCUUUUUGCAAAAAGGAGAAGAACCUCCCGGCGAUCAUAUUCCUGCUUGGUUGCCUGCCUUCCCUGAUCCACAAAACUAUUCACAGUCACCAGUGGUGAAUGGAAGGGGUACAGAACCUCGUGCAGUAAAAUUUGAGCAAGAAAGAGAGAAUGGCAAGGGAGAGUGGCCUAUGUUGAAUUUGAAGCAGCAGAUGGUCUCAAAUAUGUUUGACAAGUCUGCCUUGGACCCUGCAGACACUAAGGCAAAAAGAAUAGCAGCAGAAGGUAACCCAUUCCUUGCCGCUCCUUUGAAAAUUGAGGACAAGGAAAUUGUAUCUGUUCCCCUUGCAGCCAAGGUUUUCAAUGAUGUGGUUCUCGAUUAUCCUACUGUUGAAAAUUUUGUUGAAAAUGAACCAAUUUCAGCUUUGGAGACAUUUGCUCCAGUAAUCUCCAACAAAUCACCCCCAAAUCCUUUUAUCCCCAAUUUUUAA